UUCCUCAAGAAGUCUUGCAACAGCUCAUCACAGAGGAGCUGCGUUCGAGAAGAAGGUGGGAUGAUACGGAUCUUCGGAACGCCUUAGCGGAUAUCGUCAAAAUACGACAAGCGACGGAAGAAUGUAUAGCAUCGUUUCAACAUGAACCACGAAGAGAACAACAUCGAGAUCAAAAUAAUUAUGAAGCUUAUGGAAGGGAAAGAUUUGAAGUACGACAAGAAACACGACCAACACCACGUCCAAUGGAACAACCGAUAGCAGUUCCUGGAGGCAACGAAAACGACAAUUAUCGUGAAAACAAUGAACCGUUCUGUUCGCUAUGUUGUAACCCUGGUCACAAACCGAGCCAAUGUUCAACAUAUUCAACACCUCAACAACGUGAAGUUCGUCUAUUGGAACAAGGCCGAUGUUUGAAGUGCUUGCAGCAAAAUCACACAACCGAGCAAUGCCAACGUUUAAGUAAUUGCCGAAAGUGUGGAAGUGGUCAACAUCAUUUCCUUAUUUGCGCACCACCGCCGAAUCCAAUCGACUAUUCAACAACUCAAGUUUGUUACCCUGCACCACGUCUAGAUGUGCAAUCGUUUGGGGUUCAGUCUUCAACAUUACCGCCAACGUCGAAUUCAAAUGUGUCCCAACGCCAAACAUCACCACGUCGAAAUGAGGAACCAAACCCGGAUGGAACAGUUGGAAAUGCAACGAUGUUCAACAGUCAACGAGAUACGACCGCAAUGUGUUCGCUUCAUGAGUCAAUGGUUUCUGUUAAAGAAGUCAAAGAAGAGACUGCCCCAGUCAUGGAAACUCAGGACACAAUGGAACCUGAAGCAGUGAAAGAAGAAUCAAAACCGACUCUCGAUUCAUCAACUUACGACGACAAAGAGAAGUUAAUAUCCAAACACAUCGAAGUUUCAUGCAAAGUAAUUCGUAGUGAAUGUGUUUUGACUAUUGUUCGCCUUGUGUCAAGAAGUCAGAUCAGUUAUACCGUCAAAGAACCAGUUGUUCAAGAAAAGCCAUCAAAAGCAUCACAAGAGGUUUUAGACAACAUACCUUUGCAGAAAGAAGAAUUAACUGAUUGUGUUCAACCGUCAAAACAGCCCGAAGACAUUCGUAUACAUACUUUGGCAAAAUGUAAUGAAGUGACAACAAGCGAAAUGACAAUCAAAAACGACAAUGACAACACCUCAGUAAAUCCUGAUAGAUCGUCUAAAGAAUCGUCACAACCAAUACUUCAGAAUCCAACGACAUUACCGCCGAUCAAAAUUCAGUUAAACCGGAAGAACGUCAAAUGGAAAACCUGUCAUGAUUCAAUAACCGACCAAUACCACCCGUCAGGAAAAGAUAAUAUCGACAACGCCAAAAUCGACAAAACAAUAUUCGAACUAGAUCCGUCAACCAAUCCAGGAUGGUUUUGCUUAAUCCUUAUUCUUCGAGUUGUAAUUGGGAUUAUCCAAUGCCUACGACCACGUCAACUACAUGUAUUCAAAACGUCUAAAGCUUAUAUCAAACAACCUAUGCACGAUUCUUAUAGCAAACAAGACGACAAAACAGUAUGUAUCUGGAGUAUACGACAUGAUCAAUAUUCCUUGUUGGAAAACUGUGCAACAUACCCAACCAACAACGUUGAUACAUCACACCAUGCACUAAUCAGCAGCGAUGGACUUUUAUAUUUAAAACCCCGCGCUAAUUUCUGUAAUGGACCUGAAACAAUCAUGAAAUGUCAUCACUCAGGCAGAUAUGGCAUAUGGAUGAUCGGCAAAACGUCAACUGGAUUUUGGAAUCAAAACAGCAACCGACAAAACCAACCCAAUCUCGUCUACGUCUAUAUCACCAGAAUAUACGUUUGGAUGUAA